AAAGCACUGCUUAAUCUUAUAUACUCAGUCAACAUGCCUUCAUUGGCUCAAACAAUGCUUAUGAUUGCACCUCUUAUAAUUUUACACCAUGCCAGGAUCAUAGAACCUUCAUUACUAGUUCACUGAUUUAGUUUAGUAUAUAUAUGAGGUUGGAGAAGGCUUGCAGCACUGCAUAAUCCAUUCAUAUCUUGUUUUUAGAGUUAUUAACAAAUCUACAAAUUACAAGUUAGCUAAGUAGUCUUCUUAUAGCUGCUCCAUAGACGUAAUGGCUGCGAGUCCUCCCAACACUCCUUAUUGGGUGUUCUUGAGCUUCAGAGGUCAAGACACACGAAACAACAUCACCAGCCAUCUAUGCGGGAGUCAAGACUUUCAGAGAUGAUGAUGCCCUGCGAAGGGGAGAGGAGAUCUCAGCAGGACUACUGAAUGCAAUCCGCGCUUCAAAGAUUUGUGUCAUUGUUUUCUCCAGAAACUAUGGGGACUCCAAAUGGUGUCUUGAUGAGCUUCAUGAGAUCAUGGAAAGCAAGAGAAAUAAUGAGGGGCAGGUGGUGGUCAUUCCUGUGUUUUACAAUGUUGAUCCAUCGGAUGUGCGCCACCAGAUAGGAACCUUUAGACAAGCUUUUCAGAAACAUGAAGAGCGUCAUGGGGCCGAGUUGGUGAGGAAAUGGAGAAAUGCUCUCACCACAGCUUCUAAUCUGUCCGGAUACGAUCUUCAGCAAGAUGCACAUGGGAACGAAGGAGAUCUGGUCCAGAAAGUUGUGGCAUAUGUUCGUCAGAAACUACAGCCAAUCAUAGACAAAAUGUAUGCUGUCCAGUUGCCUGCUGACAAGCUAGAAAUAGAUCACGGAAACAACUCAAGAAAGUGGAACUGGUUUGUUGACGGAAAUGAUAGAAUUCCUUCAUGGUGGACAUCCAGAAGGCUAAACAAUGAUAAUUGGGGAGAGGGAACGGAGAUUGCUGAAGUGAUGAAAGUGUAUUGGCUACACAUAGCCGGAGAGUAUGAGGAAAAUUUGCUGACACCAGGAUGGACUUACGAGGUUCAUUUUGUUGUGAAGCUAAAACAAGACUUGGAAAUGGAACGUACAGCAAAGCUUAUACUUGAUGCUCCCAACGGGACCAGCCAAGAGAGCAGAGAGAAUCUAAUGGGGAAGCCAAGGGAUCAGUGGAUAGAGAUUAAAGUAGGGGAAUUCAAGGCUCAAAAUCACGGGGGAAAGGUUGAAUUUUCUCUCUACGCUAGUGAAGAUGAUACCAUUCGUAAGAGAGGUAUCUACGUCCUAGGUGCUCAGAUUGUCCCGGUGUUCUUCCCUCGAAUAAACAUGUAUGAGUAUGGCCGCUAAGAACAGAUAAUUAUAUGCCGAUUUGUAGUUAGUUCUGUCACAUUUUCAGCAUAUUGUCUUGGUUGUUAAUUUCCUAAUUUAGUUGAGUAUAUCUAAUA